UCUGAGCAGCGCUGAUCUUUAUCCGCUCCAGCUGGGUGAUUUCUGAUGAGCGUCAGCUGCGUGAGUGAAGCCAGGGAGCCGGGCGCUCUCCGUGGUCCUGGAAACGGUGCAGUGUAGAAACUGAGAGCCGGGGAACUCAGGGUUCGUAACACUCGCAUAUAUACAAGUUCAGAUUCAGGUGUCAGUUCGCACAACGGUGUCCCUACACCAAAGCUCUAGCAAAGAAUGCAGAGACAUCCAGUCCAAUGUACAGUAAAAAUCGUGUCCACGUCCUGGCGAAGGCUUCAUCCCUGCAGUGCAGUCGACAUGUUAGACAUUCAAGAGAAGCAUAACUGAGCACAACCCUCUGCCACUGUGCUUUGGAGGGGAUCUUGUCUGUUACCCAGUUCAGGAGAAGACACUUUCUGGCACAGAAAGUCAAAAUGCUGUAGAGUCUCGUUUCAUAUUUACCACUGACAACCGGAUCGACCACUCCCAACAACAGAAAUAAGGGAUUAUUGUUUAAGUUCGCAAACAAAAUUUUGUUCAUUUCCCCUCCAGAAUUGCUUCACCUUAAUACAGAACCAAAAACAGUGCGUAAGAGUGUCAACCUCAGUUUUGCAUUUCAGGCACUGUGAAGAUGCGGUGGGGUUAAAUUUCUGCCUUCGGUAGGGUGAGACAUGAGAGAGCAGAGCCCCAGCGCACCCCGUGUGGAACCGCCACUGUCGGUCACAUCAGGAAUCACAGAGCUGGUGUGUAAAAUGUACAACCCAUCAUUAUGUUUCCGUUCAUUCUGAGGGUUUCUUUUUCUUGAAAAGGGGCGUGAUCGCUCGCGAGAACAGGAAGUGAUGUCAUACCGCUCAGCUCAAUCGGUGAUGCUCCCAGCCGGCUGUGCGCACCUUCAGCAGGAUUUAGAGCCCAGCAGGGACCCAGCUCAGGCGUCAUCCGUCAGCAGCGCGCUGGACCUUCUCAGCUGUUGUGCUUUAGUCUGACUUCUCCUUUCAUUUCAGUUUCUUUUUCCCAAAACGAGAAAUAUUCUGGUGCCCCCCCCCCCCCCCCCCCCCCCCGGCUCGCUGAGACAGCAACAGGUCAGAGCGGGAGGUGAACAUCUGGAAACCAUCUGGGUCUGGAUGCGAUGGAAGCUGCCAGCAUGAUGCCGAUGUUUCUGACUGUGUACCUCAGCAACAAUGAUCAUCACUUCAGCGAGGUCCCCAUCAUGCCCGAGACCCUGUGCAGAGAUGUUGUUGAGCUUUGCAAGGAGCCUGGAGUGGUGGACUGCUACCUGGCUGAGCUGUGGGGGAGGACAGAACGCGUGGUGGAGGAGGGGGAGCGCAUGAGUCAGGUGUUGCAGCGAUGGACGCAUCGGAUGGGGGAGGUGCGGUACACACUACGCCAUCGACGAGCACCUGACCGAGACUCGCAGAGGCCAGGUGGAUCCAGAGCUGCAGAUCAGGUGAUGGCGAUGAUGAUGAAGACCUCCGCUGAGAAUGGGCUUUCAGUUCCUCGUCUGACGCUGGGCCAGAUGCAGGACCUGGCCACCCAGCAGCAGCAGCAGAUCCAGGUCCGGCAGCAGCAGCUGGCCUCUAAGGAGCAGCAGCUGAGUUUCCUGAAGCUGCAGGAUGAGAGGCAGCAGCAGCAUCAGGAACAGGAGCUACUACGACAGCUUCGAGACAACGUACAUAAUCAGGAGGCCAAACUGCUGCGGGUUCGGGCCCUCAGGGACCAGGUGGAGCAGAAACGCUGCAGCAACAGCCGGCUAGUGGAGGAGGUCGAGCAGAUGACCGGCCUGUUUCACCAGAAGCAGAAGGAGCUGUUGGUGGCUGCAGCGAGGGUGGAGGAGCUGAGCAACCAGCUGCAGGCUCUGAAGAGCAGUAGACCAGCAGCUCUUCUUCCUCAGCAACACAACGCGUCCUCCUCCGCUCAGCUGGAGAGCCUUUACAGAGAGCUGAAGCUGAGGAGCAAGCUCAACCAGGACCAAAGCACCAGGCUGCAGCAGCAGAAAGAAGCCCUCAACAAGAGGAACCUGGAGGUCGUAGCCAUGGACCGACACCUGUCUGAGCUCCGAGAGCGCCUCUGGAAGAAGAGGGCUGACCUGCAACAGAAGGAGAAUCUGCCGGUGGCUCCAGACGGCGUUGCCCCACAGCAUGGAGGGAGCUCCAGAGUAGCAGCGGUGGGGCCGUACAUCCAGUCCUGCUCUACCUCUGGGUCCCAGGAAGGCCAGGACAUGCUGCUGAAACCAACGCACGGAGACGGCACCUCCACCUUACCCACAUACCCCUCAGUCCUGAAGCCCCCAGCCAAACCAGCCAAACCAGUGCCCGGGUUCAAAGUCUCCAAGAUCAGUAGCACACCCGAGUGGACCAGCGUAGGUGUCGGACAUCCCUCAACCCUGCCCCGUAUGUCUGGCCUCAGCCGCCACAACCCAGGUACUGGUGCCCUAAAAGACCCGAAGGGCCUCUCUGAGUCUGAAACUGCCCCGUCACGCUCCCGUCACACUGCUGACGGUCCGCUCGGAGAAGACCAGCAGGCCUCGGGUAGAGGUCCAUCCAAGAUGCCAGUACCACCCCCGGUUCCCAGCAAGCCCAAGCCCUCCGUACCUGGCCCACCACACCUGUCCAAACCUUUGUUCAACACAGGGACAUUCCCUGGUAAGGCCAGACCAGCUGAUGGUCACCUCAAGUCUCCGGAGGUCCGGUGCAGCUACAGCAACACCCUACCUUUGCCUAACAAACAGGAGAGUCCUCCAGCUGCUGCUGUGCAACCCUACACCCUUCAUCACUCAGAUGAACCUGCUGCUGUUAUGCAGAAGCCUCAGACUCUGGCAGCUUCAUCAAUCUACUCCAUGUACACCCAACAGGCCACGCCUAGCAAGGUCUACCAGCCAGGCAGCCACGGGACACUGCCCCGCAGCAAAGCACCAGUGUACGGAAGACCAGUGCCUCCACCCAGCUUGGGACUGAAAACUGCCAUGAAAUCUGCACUUUGUGAGUCUGAUGCAAAUAAGACUGAGAACACUUUGCCAGCUGCAAGAGAAGGUAUUGAAGGCAACACCCCUCGACCUCUCAGCCCCACCAAGCUGACACCUUUCCAGUACAACCCACAUCGGAACUCCAGUGAUGCCGAUCUGGAGUCUGUCCAACGCCGGCUACACCCUGUGCCCCGGCCUCUGAAGAAACGCUGUUCGUUCACAGAGCCGGAAGGCCCAGCCGGGCCCAACAUCCAGAAGCUGCUCUACCAAAAAACCACUUUGGCUGCCAUGGAAACCAUCCCUAUGGAGACAGUCAAUUCAACAGGAAACAGAGUUCCUGGAGACAGCAAGGGUGGGGCAGAUGCUUUUUCCAACUGCAAAGACCGUAUUGAAAUGUGCCUGAAGCAUCAGUCGUUUGCUGGCCCUGAUGACAGUCUGACCCCACCUCCACUGCCCCCACGCAUAUCUAUCUCUGACCCUACCUCCUACCACCCCUCGUCUCCUCCACUGGAGGAGAAAGAAGAACAAAAGGAUUGCUCGUCCAACUUAGCUCACCAGGACACCUUUUCAGAGGACUUUCCACCUUACCCACCCCCACCUUACCCUCAUAGUGGUGAGUUAGAACAGGGGGAUGGCAUCCACAACCUGCAACCACCAGAGAUCACAGGACAGGUCCCAGUGCCACCAGGCAAACGGUCAAUCCUUCAUAAAGCAGGCUCAGAGCGGAUCGGCCGUGGUCUACGGGUCCAGUUCAGUCCUCUGGCACUUCUGCUGGACUCCUCUCUGGAGGGCGAGUGUGACCUCGUUCAGAGAGUUAUUUUUGAUGUAGAAGAUCCCAGCAUGCCCAACGAUGAGGGAAUCACAGCACUGCACAAUGCUGUCUGCGCUGGACACACAGAGAUUGUCAAGUUUUUGGUUCAGUUUGGUGUCAACGUGAAUGCUGCCGACAGCGAUGGCUGGACGCCCUUGCACUGUGCUGCUUCCUGCAACAACGUGCAGCUUUGUAAGUUCCUGGUGGAAUCUGGGGCAGCAGUUUUUGCCUCUACGUACAGCGACAUGCAAACGGCUGCUGACAAGUGUGAGGAGAUGGAGGACGGCUAUGCUCAGUGCGCUCAGUUCCUUUAUGGAGUUCAGGAGAAGAUGGGAGUGAUGAACCGCGGAGUGGUGUAUGCUCUCUGGGACUGGGAGCCUCAGAAUGAGGAUGAACUUAGCUUUAUGGAGGGUGAUUGCAUCACAGUGCUGAGACCAGAAGAUGAGAUGGAGACAGAAUGGUGGUGGGCACGAUGCGGGGACCAUGAAGGAUACGUUCCUCACAACCUGUUUGGGGUGAGCUGCCCACCCAACUGUUGGACCUGUGUACUGACACAGUCUAAAUACAGGGCUUCUAUGUAUGAUCAUGAAAAGUACCUAAAUACCGUCUGUCAUUCAUUCAAUUCAGUUCAAGUUUAUUUAUUAAGCGCCAAAUCACGACAAGAGUCGUCUCAGGGACUGAGUCGUCUCUGUUGGUGAACACAUGUGCUACUACUAGUUUACCCGUUUAAUUAUAGAUCCACUAGGAUACAUACAUUAAAGUUUAUCUCUCACCAAAUAGAAUAUUUACUAAGAAAUCACAAUGUAACCAUAGAAACACUACUGUGUGU